GUGGUUAGACUGAAUGGAGGAGUCCUGUGAUCUUUACACCAUCCUGUGACGGGGAUUGGUAUGGAGAAUGUUGCGAAGAAAACUCUUGACACUGCUCCCACUCAGGAUGUGAGAGGGAAGCGACAUAUCAUUAAUUCCCUCAUCUCGGGAGCAAUUGCUGGAGCUGUCGCAAAGACAGUGGUAGCACCGCUGGAUAGAACCAAAAUAAUAUUUCAAGUAUCUUCAAGAGGAUUCUCAGCCAAGGAAGUUGUGAAGCUGAUUUACCAAACCUACCGGAUGGAUGGUUUCUUCAGCCUCUGGCGGGGUAACUCUGCCACCAUGGUCCGAGUUGUUCCUUAUGCUGCACUUCAGUUCUGCUCUCAUGAACAGUACAAACAGAUUCUGGGAUUCUAUUGGGGGACUCAUGGAAGACCUUUGCCACCCCUCCCACGGCUGCUUGCUGGCUCAAUGGCUGGUAUUACAGCCACCACGCUGACAUAUCCACUAGACUUGGUGCGAGCACGAAUGGCCGUAACUCCAAAGGAAAUGUACAGUAAUAUUUUGCAUGUCUUCAUCCGGAUAACUCGAGAUGAAGGAAUCAAGACCUUGUACAGUGGAUUCACACCCACUAUCCUUGGGGUGAUUCCAUAUGCUGGGCUCAGCUUCUUCACUUACGAAACACUGAAGAAAUUACAUGCAGAGUUAACAGAGAGAGCCUAUCCAUACCCCCAUGAGCGGCUACUUUUUGGGGCAUGUGCUGGCUUAAUAGGCCAGUCAGCUUCCUACCCACUGGAUGUGGUACGACGACGGAUGCAGACGGCAGGAGUGCAGUGCCGCAAGUACACAAGCAUUUUAGAGACAAUGCGUCAGAUCAUUGUGGAAGAGGGUGGAAUUGGUGGCCUGUACAAAGGCCUGAGCAUGAAUUGGAUCAAGGGCCCUAUUGCCGUGGGGACCAGCUUCACUACCUUCGACCUCAUGCAGAUUCUCCUCCGGAAAAUUCAGGACUACGGUACCUUACAAAGGUAGUAACUACAAGUACGGGUGAUCUGUAACAUGACUUCUAAACGAAUGGAACAAAAUUGCAUCUCACUAAUAAGUGUCCAGGAUGGGAAUUGACAGUUGCUGGACAAGUAUUUACAAGCUGGAAUAAUAGUGUGACACAGAGGUUAAUCGUGCCAUAAUAGCAGUUGAAACUCUGGUGCCUCACAUUCUCUCUGAAGCUGUUUAAAUAAUUUAAUUAAAUAUUAAUUUUGUUGAUCUUUUUAAGUUGUCUGCUUUUCAACAUAAAGUUGAAAUGGGUCUACACUGCUCUGGAGUGCUGUCCAUGUCCCGUGUGGCUUCUUGUGUCAGUGUACAUGAAUAACGUUCCCUUCAGCAACAGAGAGAAUGCAACUGAGACACGCAUGUUGGAAUGUACCAAUCUUGUUCCCACAAUUAGCCCCUCCAUUGAAGAAUGUGGAGGCACAUGGUGGUGGGGGAAGCUCACAAGCUUCCUGAUUGGUGCCCAGCAGAAUCACUAAAUUGACAGACCAAGAGAGAGCAGGAGCAGGCUCAGGUGAACUGGAAUCCCCCCCUCCCACCCCACAUUCAGGUUGCCACAUGCAUCGGUACAGAAGGUCUGAAGUUAAGCUGCCUCACCUUUGGAGAUUAGUCGCUUGAGCAGAUCCACGGAUCAGGUUGUAUUGAGCUGAAACUGAUUCCUUUGGGAGAAUGUUAUACAGACAAAGUUUGGGUCAUAUUCACAAUCUGAGAGCUAUCCGGAUGAAAAUUGCUGGUUGGAAGUCCCCAGCUGCAUGUAUUCAGGUUUUAAAAUAAUCUCUCGUAAAAAUAUUCAGGUUCCCCCUAUGCUCUGAAAUUGUGACAUUACAUUAGAUGUUUUAACCCAUUACUGUUUGGAGUGGUCAUGUGCUAACUAGUAGCUGUUACUUUUUUAAAAUCUCUUUUGCGAAGGGGUCCCUUUUAGUUUUUGUUGCCAAGCCUUUAGUUGUCUCAUUUGAAAGAUUUGAAAUAUCUCAUAAAUAAGUAUUAACAUUUUUAUAAAGGGAGAGUUAUUAAUACAAGAUUUAGAUUUUGCAAAACACAGAAGCUCCUGAUCUCCACCUGAUUCCCUGUUUAGCUGGUCAGUAUCUCUGAGGUAGUGAUGUCCUUUUAAGGAAUAUACAUCUUCCCUUCCCAAACCCUGUGCUGUCCCUGUCCUGGGAGUAUUUGAUGGAAGUAUUGUAGAGGGAGCUUUACUUUAUAUUUAGCUCUAUGCUUUACCUGUCCUGAGAAUAUUUGGAGACACUGGGGAGCUUUACUCUUUAUAUAACUGAUCUACCUUGUCUGGAACUUCUUAGCUGAUAUAGAUGUCUGAAAUAGUUUGGUUCCUUACCUUGAUGAACACAAAAACUGAAAGCCAAAUUGAAGUUGAGCUCCUAGUUUGUAAGAACUCAGAUGAAGUGUAAAUUGGGAACUGGCACACAUUCAACUAUGUCCAAACAGACUAGAAAAGCUUAGAAAUCAGGGAGAGGUGUUUAUACCAAAAACAAAGAAAAUGAUUGCUCGCUCUUCCUAUAACAUAUUUCCAUUUUAAUUACAUUAUUAAAGGUGUGGUUUCAAAAGUGGUCUAGCAUAAACCUCCAGGGAGAAAGGGAUAUCUCCUGGAGGUCCCAGGAGAGAUGAAGAACUUUGGAGCAAAUUGAUUUUCUACCCUGCCCCUUUUCCCAUCCCACCCAUUGUGUCUUGACCACAGCCUUUUCAAAAAGAAUGUCUUCUGCCAUACCUCAGCCUACUUUAAAUAACGCUCUCUAGUCCAGCUCAUUCAAUAUUGUAGUUAUUCUAUUUUGUUAAAACCUUAUGAAAUUUAUAAUUUGUUUCUUAUAACAUUAUCCUGCUACUCCAGGUCACCACGCACAAUAGGGAAUGGACCUCAGCUAUAGGGGUUCAUUGAGAACUCUGGGGUUUUGUCCAUUUUAACCAAACAUACAAGUAUAAAUCACUGUGUCCAGCGGCUGUAGCACACUAGAUACCUGGUGUGGCUGUGCACAGUAUAUGAGGGGAGAAAAAGGAUGAUGGAAUGAAGGUCAACUCAGUCACAUUUGCCAUCCUUCACAGGCCGGAUUCCAAUAUGCACUGAGACCUGAUGUGGCCCUCGGAAUUGCCUUUUCUUGCAAGUGACUUUCAUUGAAAGAUGUUGAACUGUAGUCUGUUAUUUGAGUAAAUCUGUUAAUGAAAAAUAAAAUUAUUUAAGUUUUAAUGAAAGAAAA